UGACCUACCCAAGCGUGUAACAGACCUACUCCAGUAAAUUUAUGAGGUUAUGUCAACCCAAAAAAACCGUUAAAAAAUCGCUAAAUUUGCACAUAUUUCUCGCCAAAACCCCCACAAACAUUACAUAAAACAUUCGGAAGCUAUUUUGUGCGUCACGCAACCCGUAGUUUGUCCAACUUGUCCAAAAUUUUUGGUUAUGUCGGACUCAGAAGUGGGCCCCACGGCCAGCGCGGCCCCCCAACCAAAAAAACGGCGCCGCCUAUCCCACGAAAACCUCUACUUGGACAACCUCCCCAGCGCCGAAUCGUACGAAAAAAGCUACAUGCACCGCGACACCAUAACGCACGUCGUGGUCUCCGCCACCGACUUCCUAAUAACGGCAAGUUGCGACGGCCACAUAAAAUUCUGGAAGAAGGUCGAGACCGGGAUCGAGUUCGUCAAGCAUUUCCGCAGCCAUCUGGGCCCCAUAACCAGCAUCGCCUGCAACGUGGAGGGCACGCUCUUCUGCUCGGCCUCGUCCGACAAAUCGUUGAAGAUCUUCGACGUCGUCAACUUCGACAUGAUCAACAUGAUGAAGCUCGACUUCGCGCCCAAUCAGGUCGAGUGGGUGCACGGCCCGGGGGAUCCCGUGCACAGUCUCGCCGUCACUGACAGCGACUCGCCCAAAAUCCACGUCUUCGACGGCCGCUCGGAUAACAAGCCGCUGAAAGUCUUGGAGAAAAUUCACACGCAGCCGGUGGUCCUCGUCAAGUACAACCCGAAGUACGACGUUGCGGUCUCGGUCGAUAAAACAGGGAUUUUGGAAUACUGGUCCGGGCUUAAGCAGGACUGUACUUUCCCCAAAAAUGUGAAAUUCGACUCGAAAUUGGACACCGAUUUGUUCGAGUUUGCCAAACACAAGACCACGGUUACAGGGCUUGCCUUUGCGCCGGAUGGGGCGAGGUUUGCGACUUUGAGUACUGACCGCAAAGUGCGCGUUUUUAAUUUUGUGACCGGGAAGCUUGUGCGGGUUUUGGACGAGACGUUGCCCCGGUUUACCGAAUUACAGCAAGCGACUCAGCAGUUGCCCAAUAUGGAGUUUGGGCGGAGGAUGGCCGUUGAGCGCGAUUUGGAAAAGUCAGAAGCGGUGGUUUUGGCCAAUAUUGUGUUUGAUUACAGUGGGCAUUUUAUAAUGUAUGCCACACUUUUGGGGAUUAAGUUGGUUAAUUUGUAUACGAAUAAGUGUGUGAGGAUUAUUGGCAAGAAUGAGAAUUUGAGGCUUUUGAAUAUCGCACUGUAUCAAGGUUCGGCCAAGAAGUCGAAAGCCGCCGUAACCCUGGAAAUCGAAGCCUCGACCAACCCCACCCUGGACGCCAUCCAGCCGGACCCCACCCUCAUCUGCACCGCGUACAAAAAGUCCCGUUUCUACCUCUUCAGCCGUCGCGAGCCCGACGAGCUCCAAGGCGACCAAGACCGCGACGUCUUCAACGAAAAGCCGUCGAAAGAGGACACGUUCGCCGCCACCGACAACCCGGCCGUGCAGCGCCUCUACGAGAACGCCGUCAUCCACACCGUCUUCGGCGACAUCCACAUCAAGCUGUUCAUGAAAGAGACGCCCAAAACCGUCGAGAAUUUCUGCGUGCACGCGAAGAACGGCUACUUCAACGGCCACAUCUUCCACCGGGUGAUCAAGGGGUUCAUGAUACAGACGGGCGACCCCACGGGCAACGGCACCGGCGGCGAGAGCAUCUGGGGCGGCGAGUUCGAGGACGAAAUUCGGCCCAAUCUGAGGCACGAUCGGCCCUACACCGUGUCCAUGGCCAACGCGGGCCCGAACACCAACGGGAGCCAGUUUUUUAUCACCUUGACGCCGACGCCGUGGCUUGAUAACAAGCACACGGUGUUCGGGCGCGUGGUUAAGGGGAUGGAAGUCGUGCAGAAUAUCAGUAAUGUGAAAACUAACGCGAAGACGGAUAAGCCGUACGAUGAUAUAAGGAUUGUGUCGGUUACGGUGAAAUAGUUAAUUUUUAUUGUUACUUUACCUGGGAAAUCACGCUGGGCGCAGCACUGUUUUUUGUGAUAGCGACCACUCCAGUUAUUUUAACAAGUGACUCAUUUUUUGAUAAAACUGUUGUGGAUUGGGUAUCCUUGAACGGUUUUAUCUCUGUGUAUAUAAUUUUAGUAAUUAGCGAAUAAAAGGUAAUUAAAGGAAUAUGAUGCGAGUCUAAAUCUGACUGGACGCACCUUUGGACUUUCGUAGGUUGGACUCAAGUGUUUGUAAUAUUUUUAAAAUAGUGACUGUACUAAAAGUGCUAAUUAACAACGUAAAAACUUUGGAAGAUUUUGGAUUGAAAGUAAUAAAAAGUACAAAUAAAUAUUUUUAUUAUAAACUAA